AUGGCCGACACGGUCAUAUUCUCUCCUCUUCCUGACAUGAGUCAGCCCGACGGGGCUGAUGCAGUCAUGAAUUUCUUCGGCGCACUUCCCGACAUCCUCGCAAACAACCCACAUCAACAAACAAGUGGAACAUAUAAUAUCACUGCAACAUACUGUCCUCCAGAAGGCGGUAUCCUUCCAGACAGGAACGAAGUUCAACUUCUCGUCCACGGGGCCACCUAUACCAAGGAGUACUGGAUGGGUGGAGCAUGGCAUGGUUCGGACGACUAUUCAUGGACGAAGCAAGCCAACAAAGCUGGCUACGGCACUCUCGCAAUUGACAGGCUGGGCAAUGGCGCAUCUGAGCACCCUGAUCCCCUACAAGUGGUUCAGCUCACGUUACAAACCGAAGUCCUGAAUGUCGUUGCACAAAAGAUCCAAAGUGGCGAGAUCACGGGUAGCCCAAGCAAAGUCAUCUACGUGGGUCACUCGCUGGGAUCCAUCUUAGGCACCAUGCUAGCCAACAGAUAUCCCAACAGCAUCGAUAAACUCGUCUUGACCGGCUACACCAGCGACGCCUCAAACGUCGCUCCCACUGUCGUCGCCGGCCAGUAUCUUCCUGCCCAGAACGUCGAGCCCGCCCGCUUUAGUUCCCUCCCGCAAGGCUACUCCACCCAAUCCAUCGAAUCAGGCCGCACCCUCCUCUCUUAUGCCGGCGACUUCGACCCCUCUAUUCCACCCUUGGACUUCUGCACCAAAGGCACUCUUGGCCUCGGCGAGAUAUUGGGGGUUGGUUCUGCUCCAGCCUCCAUCUACCAGGGGCCCGUCUUCAUCUUGACUGGUGACAAAGACGAGCCCUUCUGUGGUACCAACCCCAACGCUCCCUGCGAACCGCUCAUUCAGGCCACGGCGUUGGAAUUCCCCCGGGCUUCUACCUUUGGGUACUUCAUGCCUCGGAACACGGGCCACGGCCUCAAUUUCCACUAUACGGCUAGCGAGUCCUUUGCUGCGGUUACAAAGUGGCUCAACUCCGAAUCGAAUGCUUCCUUUUUACAAGAAACAGUGAAACGGUAA